AUGGCUCCCUCAAAAAGCAAACGUAAGGGAUUUUCCGGGAAGGACGAAUCUUCUAUUACAAGUUUUCUUACAGGAGUAAGUAACAAAAUGAAAAGUCAAGUAGUUUCCUUUAAGAACACAUCUUCCACUACAAGCUUUAUUGCAGGAGUAAGUAAAAACAUAAAAAGUCAACGAGUUUCGUUGAAGGACACAUCUUCCAGUUCCACAACAAGCUUUGAUGCAGGAGUAAGUAGCAAAAUGAAGAGUCAACAAGUUUCCAAGCCGGACACAUCGUCCACAAAAAGCUUUGAUAUAGAUAAUUUUAUCGAAGGUACAGAAUCACCUUCAAAGUCUACCAGAAAAAGCUCAAGAAGAAAAGUAAGUAAGGUAGUGGAUUAUAAAGACUCUUGCAAAGGUAUCAAUGAAAAGUCUAAGAAGAAGAAGAAAAAGAGCUAA